AUGGCAUCCAAAUCUAAUCUUUCUCUCUUCACUGUCACUCUCCUCCUUGCCCUUCUUACUCUCCUCUCUUAUGCAACUGCUUCUCAUCCCCACAACAAGAGAUCUUCCCCAUUUGAGUUCCUUGAGAAUCUGAAGGGUUGCCACAAAGGUGAUAAGGUCAAGGGCAUCAAUGAUCUCAAAAAAUACCUAGAAAAGUACGGUUACUUGAACUACAAGAACCACAGUCAUUCGGACGACGAUGAUUUUGAUGACCUUUUGGAGGAAGCCAUCAAGACUUACCAGGUCAAUUACCACCUCAAGUCCACCGGAACACUGGACGGCAAAACAGUGUCGAAGAUGAUGACACCUCGUUGUGGCGUGCCGGAUAUCAUCAAUGGCACCUCGUCCAUGAGAUCAGCCAAGAAAAGGCACCAACAUGGUUCAAUUCAUACCACUGCUCACUACUCAUUUUUCCAGGGAAAUCCAAAAUGGCCUUCUUCUAAAUACCAUCUCACUUACGGUUUUCUCCCCAACACCCCAUCCGAAGCCACGGGCGCUGUCGCACGGGCUUUCGCAACAUGGGCUGGAAACACUCACUUCACGUUCAGCCAGUCCCAAAGUUACGAGAAUGCGGAUUUGAAGAUUAGUUUUCAUAAGGGUGACCAUGGAGACGGGAAUUCAUUUGACGGCCCGGGCGGGGUCCUAGCCCAUGCUUUUAGCCCGUCGGAUGGAAGAUUCCACUACGACGCAGAUGAGCCUUGGUCUGUGGGUGCUACACCAGGUGCUUAUGACUUGGAGACUGUGGCUUUGCAUGAAAUAGGGCACCUUCUGGGACUUGGACAUAGCUCAGUGGAGGGAGCUAUCAUGGCCCCAGCUAUUCCCCCGGGAGUGACUAAAAGUUUGCAUGGGGACGAUGUUCAAGGAAUCAAGGCUUUAUACAACGUCUGAGGAGCAGUGCUAGCACUAGCUCGAUCAAACAAUUCAAUGCCUUCUUGUUAAUUACCACGUAGUCUUUUGUUGAUUAUGCUCCCCCACAGUCAGCUUUUAAUUCUUUCCUUUAUCAAAUAAGGUAUCUGAAUAACUUGUGCCGAGAUAGAUUUUUCAGAUUAAAAAGUAACAAAGAGAGUUGUUGUAUGUAUGAAGAGCUGAUUGUUGAGAAUAUAUACAUCCCACAUGGGAAAAAUGGGAUAUUGCUUAUGGGUUUAUAAGGGUUUGGGCUACUCCAUCCAUUGCCAAUUGGUUUUGGAUGUGAACCCCAGAUUACUUUAUCAUGGUAUCAAAGCGGGUUACCCACGUGUGCAUGCCUAACGGCCACACGGGCUCCACGUCACCCAAAGUUGUCCACGUGUAUGGCUUGAAAAUUCGCCACACGUGCGGGGGCGUGUUGAGAAUAUAUACAUCCCACAUGGGAAAAAUGGGAUCUUGCCUAUGGGUUUAUAAAGGUUUGGGCCACUCCAUCCAUUGCCAAUUGGUUUUGGAUGUGAACCCCAGAUUAC